CGUACGUAUAUAUAUUGCAUGUACGUAUAACGUAUUUCUCUCCAUGCCUUCUUCUUCUUCUUCAUCUGCUUAAUCAAAUUGAAUCCUGCGGCUUCCGAUCGACCAUGGUUCAGAAGAAGUUUCGCGGCGUGAGGCAGCGCCAUUGGGGAUCCUGGGUUGCAGAAAUUCGCCAUCCUUUGCUGAAGCGGAGGGUUUGGCUGGGGACGUUCGAGACGGCGGAGGCGGCGGCGCGGGCGUACGACGAGGCGGCGGUUCUGAUGAGCGGGAGGAACGCUAAAACGAAUUUUCCGGUGGCGGCGGAGGAGGAUCAGAACAGUGACGUGGUUUACAGCAGUAGUACGAAUUCUCCGAUGCUCCGGCCACCGUCGUCGUCGUCGCAGCUGUCGUCGAUUCUCAACGCGAAGCUCCGCCGGUGCAGCAAGUCGCCGUCUCCGGCGUCGAUGACGUGUCUCCGUCUGGACAUCGAGAGCUCGCACAUCGGAGUGUGGCAGAAACGGGUCGGGUCGCAGUCCGAUAAGUCCAAUUGGGUCCUGACAAUUGAACUUGGGAACAAGAAGAAGGAUGAGCAUCAUCGUCCGGUGGGGAAUGGCUGCCCGGCGCCGCCAGCAGCCGCGGCGGAGGGUUCGACGGUGGAGAUUAAUGGGGUUGCAACGGACGGUGUGGAUGAAGAGGAGAAGAUUGCGCUGCAGAUGAUUGAAGAGCUUCUGAAUUAAUUGAAGAUUAUUAAUUAUUUAUUAUUUUUCAGUCACAUAUAUAAUUAGUAUUAAUUAAAAAGUUAGUGUGAUGGUACUUUGAGAAUUUGCGUUAUGACCCAUUGGUGAUUAAUUAGUAUAUCUGAGAAAUUAAUUAUAUAUUGUUCUGAUUGUGGUAAGGUAACUGAAUGAUGUAUGUGGAAGAUUCAUUCAAGCUCUGUCGCUUCUUUAAUGUGGG